AUCUACCGUUGAAAGUUGAAAGAGCAUAAACAUGGCUUGCUUGAUUGAGUGCAUCGAUUUUUUUGUCUCUGAUAUGAAGUGUACCAGUACAAGAAAGGAUUCCAACCAAUACAAACUUUAGACCAUGCAAUUGCUUCUUGUGGAUACUGUCAACAAGAAUCAUACUAACUCAGAGUAUUGAAGAACAUUGCAUCAUGACACCUAAACGCAGCAAAACCCCUAUGGGAAAGAAGCCGUUUCUGGUGCUGACCUUUCUCCUCAUAUCGGUCCUGCUUGGAUAUCUCUCGCUCCUGAAUCAGAUCCACACAAAUAUUAGAGACAAUACAUCCGAAAGCUUGUCCGGUAACAAUAUACAGAGACUGCAAGAUCGCAUACAGUAUCUGGAAACCAAGGUCGAUUCGUACUUGGCCUACGCGAGAGACCCGUUUCUUGGCAUCAAAGAACCUGCAAAGUGCAAACAGACACAACAAAUGAAAAAAAUUGCGUGUCCCAAUCUGAGGAGUUGCGAAAUAGAUAAUUCGAUCAUUUGCAUGGACGACUUGCCCUUUACGAUCGAAAAUGCAACAGAACCGACGAAGAAGGCAACGAAAAAGGGUAGAAAUGAAUGCGUCGUCUACGAUUAUGGAAUCCGAGAAUCUCCCGAGUGGGGACUGACCUUUACAAAACAAUGCGACGUGGUUGGUCUCGAUCCUAGCCCCAUCAGCCUAAAAUGGUGGGAGAGAGAAGGGGCCAAUAUCACAAAACAACACCCAUCGUACCGAUUUUUGGGCGUCGGUGCCGGUGGCAUCGACGGCGAAAUCGUGCUCCGGGAGUAYGAUUGGGGCCAGGUGAGCAUCAUUGAGUUUCCUACGCGGGUGGUCAAUACCUCCGAUUGCAAUGAGGGCGGAGCCUGCAAGUACAGAAUGUACCAGCAACAUCCGUUUAAAAUUCCCGUCCAGACGCUKCAAACGACAAUGAAAAAGCUGAAUCACAACCGGGUGCACUUGUUGAAACUGGACGUGGAGGGGAGCGAGUUUGCCUUUUUGGAGAAAAUGAUAGAUGAUCUUUCAUGCCGUAAGGUCGAUCAAUUGACACUUGAAUGGCACCACUUCGGUUACGAUGUCCGUUACGGUGUGACCAGCAAUCCACAGAUCAAUGUUAUAGUGGCACUACUCAAGGAGAGAUGCGGCCUAGAACAAUUUUGGGUACACGGCUCACACGGGUGGCCGUCAAAUAGUAAGAUGUAUACCGAUAUGGGAAUGACCUUGUAUUACACGAUGUCGUCCUUCAAACGCACGAGAUAUAUGUUUUGAACGAUAUUAUUGCUAGUGAAAAUGGGAUGACGGUCCUAGUGAUCAAAGGAUGAAGACACACAUCAUCAUCUCGAGGGAUAUGGCGAAGGAGGGAAAUGGUGGUCAACGUUAUCAGGAAAUAAUUGGUAGCAUAUAUU